CUCACCUCCAGCAAGCCGGAGCACCCCUCCUCCUCCUCUUGGAUCGUUCUAGUUCACUUUGUUUCUCUCUCUCUUUUCCUCCCUCUUACUCUCUCUCUGCACCCUCUUGUCUCUCCUCCUCACCCUUUCUAUCUCUUUCUUCCUGCCCUUCAUUCCUCUUCAGCUGCCAGAAGCUCGCAGGCUCGGAGCCCCUCAUCCAACCACUGAUAAAUCAGAAGCACCCUGGACAAAGACCUUGUCACAGAAGCCAAGAUGGCAAUGAGCAGCAUCCUCAACGCCGAUGACAUCAAGAAAGCUCUUGAUGCGUUUGCAGUGGCUGACUCUUUUGACUAUAAGAGGUUUUUCGAGAUUGUUGGCCUGAAGUCCAAGUCCUCUGAUGAUGUGAAGAAGGUCUUCACAGUGCUGGAUGCUGACAACAGUGGCUUUAUAGAGGAAGAAGAGCUGAAAUUUGUCCUGAAGGGUUUUGCCAAGGAUGGCAGAGACCUGACAGACAAAGAAACCAAAGCGUUUUUAAAAGCAGCUGACAAGGAUGGAGAUGGGAAGAUUGGAAUUGAUGAAUUUGCUGCCCUUGUGAAAGAAUAAACAGCUACCCAUCACCAUGAAGAAUCGCCUCCCAGCCCUCACCAUCCUGACUCCACGCUCACACCCUUCCCUACACCUCACUGCGACGUGCACCUCACCACCUCCCCCUGACUGAGGCCAAAUUCUGCUUUAAGUGCUCCUUCCCUUUAACCUCAGCCUCACUGCUGUCUUUACAAUGAGCAACACUGCAGUGAAGUAGGCUGACGCAGCCCCCGUCCAUCCCUAUAGCAGUAUGCAGCUAGUUUAAUUUAGCCUUUUUAUACAAACUGUUCAUGUUUAUGUUUAUGUAUAGAUAUAAAACACUCCUGCAGGAAUAAACUUUGCAUUUUAAAGAACAUGUAGAUAUUUACUGAGAACAUUUCCUGACCUUUUCUGACCUUUCCGUCUCUCUAACCUCUUCGUUAUUCUCAGCCUGGUCUUCCUCUGACUUUUCUUUCCUAUUUUGUCUUCUCUUCUGUUUGUCGACGUCACUUCUGGCUCAGUGAACCUUCCUGUACCUUUUCCCCUUUGCCCUUUCUUACACCAUCAUCCCAUCCACCCAUCUGCUAUCUAUCUAUCUAUCACUUUAUCCUCUGAUAAUGAGCUAUUGUAAAAAACAACAAUGACAGCAGCCAAGCUGUGAAAGAUUGAAAUAAAACAAUAAAUUACAAA